AUGUCAGCACCAAUCAAACACGAAGGUUAUCUCACCAAAGAAGGUGGUGGUUUUAAAAGUUGGAAAAAAAGAUGGUUCAUUCUUAGAGGUGGAGAUUUAAGUUAUUAUAAAACUAAAGGAGAAACUGUACCAUUAGGUAUUAUUCAUUUAAAUACUUCAGGUCAUAUUAAAAAUUCAGAUCGUAAAAAGAGGGUUAAUGGAUUCGAAGUACAAACACCAUCAAGAACCUAUUUUUUAUGUUCAGAAACAGAAGAAGAGCGUACAAAAUGGAUUGAAAUUUUAAUUGCAGAAAGAGAAUUAUUAUUAAAUGGAAAUAAACCAAAGAAAUCAGAAAAAGUUGGUGUAUCAGAUUUUGAAUUAUUAAACCUUGUUGGUAAAGGUAGUUUUGGUAAGGUUAUCCAAGUUAGAAAGAAGGAUACAGGCGAAAUCUAUGCUAUGAAAGUUUUAUCAAAGAAACAUAUCGUCGAACACAAUGAGGUCGAACAUACUUUAUCUGAACGUAAUAUUCUUCAAAAAAUCAAUCAUCCAUUCCUUGUAAAUCUUAACUAUAGUUUCCAAACUGAAGAUAAACUUUACUUUAUUCUCGAUUACGUUAAUGGUGGUGAAUUAUUCUAUCAUUUACAAAAAGAUAAGAAAUUCACAGAAGAUCGUGUUCGUUAUUAUGGUGCUGAAAUUGUAUUAGCACUCGAACAUCUCCAUUUAUCUGGUGUUAUUUAUAGAGAUUUGAAACCAGAGAAUCUUUUACUCACCAACGAGGGUCACAUUUGUAUGACAGAUUUUGGUCUUUGCAAAGAAGGUCUUCUUUCACCAUCCGAUAAAACUGUUACAUUCUGUGGUACUCCAGAGUAUCUUGCACCAGAAGUUCUUCAAGGAAACGGUUAUGGAAAACAGGUCGAUUGGUGGAGUUUUGGUUCACUCUUAUAUGAAAUGCUUACAGGUCUUCCACCAUUCUACAAUCAAGAUGUUCAAGAAAUGUAUCGUAAGAUUAUGAUGGAAAAACUUACUUUCCCACAUUUCAUCUCUCAAGAAGCUCGUUCUCUUUUAGAACUUUUAUUAGAAAGAGAUCCAGAAAAACGUUUAGCUGAUCCAAAUCUUAUUAAAAGACAUCCAUUUUUCCGUCAAAUCGAUUGGGAAUUAUUAUUCCAAAAGAAAAUUCCACCACCAUUUAUUCCAAAUGUUAAGGGUUCAGCUGAUACCUCUCAAAUUGAUCCAGUUUUCACUGAUGAAGCUCCAUCUUUAACAAUGGCUGGUGAAUGUGCACUCAAUCCGCAACAACAAAAAGAUUUUGAAGGUUUUACAUAUGUUGCUGAACCAGAACAUUUAAGAUAA